CGCUAUCCAUUAUGGCUAUGUCAAAGGUUAUACGAGUCUUGGAGAAAUCCAUACCACCAUCGCCGCACAGCGUUCUGAUGGAAUAUCGCAAUAAAAACGAAAGCAUCCUCUUUGAGUCACACGCCGUGGCCCUGCUGUCAUCCCAAGAGUCGGAGAUAAUUCGCAAACAAUACACGAAAGUGUGCGAUGCCUAUGGUUGCCUCGGUGUGCUGCAGCUGAAUGCUGGUGAAAGUACGCUCUUGUUUUUAGUUCUGGUCACUGGCUGUGUUUCGAUGGGCAAGAUUGGAGACGUGGAAGUGUUUCGCAUACAGCAGACCCAGUUUGUAUCGUUACAAAAUGCCGCUCCAAACGAAGAUCGAAUUUCCGAGGUGCGCAAGUUACUUAACUCUGGAACGUUUUACUUUGCCCAUACGAAUCAAUCGGCGACCAGGGCUACGAAGUUUGAUAUAACACUGUGUGCCCAGAGACGCUUCCAAACGGCAGAAACAGACAAUCGUUUCUUCUGGAAUCGUAUGAUGCACAUACACAUGCUACGUUUCGGUAUUGAUUGUCAGGCCUGGCUUUUGAAGGUGAUGUGUGGUUCGGUAGAAGUGAGGACGGUUUAUAUUGGGGCCAAACAGGCCAGGGCAGCAAUUAUAUCGCGUCUGAGCUGUGAACGAGCUGGAACUCGUUUCAAUGUGAGAGGUAUAAAUGAUGAAGGCCAUGUGGCCAAUUUUAUAGAAACAGAACAAGUCAUCUAUGUGGACAAUGAUGUGACCAGUUAUGUACAAACUCGUGGGUCGGUUCCACUCUUUUGGGAACAACCUGGCGUGCAAGUCGGUUCCCAUAAGGUUAAAUUGUCAAGAGGAUUUGAAACGUCGGCCGCUGCCUUCGACCGCCAUAUGACCCUAAUGAAACAGAGGUAUGGCUAUCAGGCCAUUAUCAAUCUACUGGGUACCUCGUUGGUGGGCAGCAAGGAAGGCGAGGCAAUGCUUAGCAAUGAGUUUCAACGUCAUCAUGGCAUGUCGGCCCACAAGGAUGUACCGCAUAUUAUUUUCGAUUAUCACCAAGAAUGUCGUGGCGGAAACUUUGCUGCUCUGUCCAAGUUGAAGGAACGUAUUACAGCUAGUGGCAUAAACUAUGGCAUAUUCUAUGCUGCUGCGGGAAAAGUGGUGCGCGAACAAUUUGGCGUUAUACGAACCAACUGUCUGGAUUGUUUGGAUCGUACAAAUUGUGUUCAAACAUUUCUGGGAUUGGAUACGCUGAACCAACAAUUGGAGGCCUUGGGUUUUGGUGAAAAGAAAAACCUGACACGUUUCGAGGAAAUAUUCAAACAAAUGUGGAUCAACAACGGCAAUGAAGUUAGUAAAAUUUAUGCCGGUACUGGAGCCAUACAGGGAUCUUCCAAAUUAAUGGAUGGUGCACGUUCGGCUGCACGUACAAUUCAAAAUAAUCUAUUGGAUAACUCCAAGCAGGAAGCCAUUGACAUCCUCUUGGUUGGUUCAACACUUAGUUCCGAAUUAGCCGAUCGUGCUAGGAUUCUGUUACCAUCCAAUAUGUUGCAUGCACCCACUACCGUAUUGCGAGAAAUGUGCAAACGCUACAAUGAAUAUGUCCAACCGCAAACGGUGCGUGUAGCCGUUGGCACAUACAACGUCAAUGGUGGAAAACAUUUCCGAAGUAUUGUUUUCAAGGACACCCUCUCCGAUUGGUUACUAGAUUGCCACGCUCUGGCACGAUCAAAGGCGUUGGUGGACGUCAACAAUCCCUCGGAAAAUGCCUCUAAACCAGUUGAUAUAUUUGCCAUUGGCUUCGAGGAAAUUGUCGAUUUGAAUGCCAGCAACAUUAUGGCGGCCAGUACCGAAAAUGCGAAGCUCUGGGCUGAAGAGCUUCAAAAAACAAUAUCCCGAGAUAACGACUAUGUGCUGCUAACCUAUCAGCAACUUGUGGGCGUUUGCUUGUACAUCUAUAUACGUCCGGAGCACGCUUCCUAUAUCAGAGAUGUAGCCAUUGACUGCGUCAAGACGGGUCUGGGCGGAGCAACCGGCAAUAAGGGUGCCUGUGCCAUACGUUUUGUAUUUCACGGCACUUCGAUGUGCUUUGUGUGUGCCCACUUUGCAGCCGGACAAAGCCAAGUGGCCGAACGCAAUGCCGAUUAUGCGGAAAUUACCCGCAAAUUGGCCUUUCCCAUGGGUCGAACUCUAAAGUCACAUGACUGGGUGUUCUGGUGCGGAGAUUUCAACUAUCGCAUCGAUAUGGACAAGGAGGAACUAAAGGAGGCCAUAAAGAACGGCGAUUUGGCAACUGUACUCGAAAACGACCAACUACUCAAAGAACAAGAGGCCGGAAAUGUAUUCACCGAUUUCCUAGAAGGUGAAAUAACAUUUGACCCAACCUACAAAUACGAUGUGUUUAGCGAUGAAUAUGAUACGUCGGAAAAGCAACGAGCUCCAGCCUGGACAGAUCGAGUGCUGUGGCGCAGACGUAAGGCAUUGGCCGAGUCCGACUAUAAUGCAGCCGAAUGGAAUCCCGGAAAAUUAAUACACUACGGCCGUUCAGAACUUAAACAGAGCGAUCAUCGUCCUGUAAUUGCCAUCAUCGAUGCUGAAAUAAUUGUAAUUGAUCCACGGCGUAGAAGGAAGGUUUUCGAAGAGGUCAUUAGAGAUUUGGGGCCACCAGAUUCUACAAUAGUUGUACAUGUACAUGAACCCUCGGCCGACGAUGAAGGUCCAACCAUUUAUGACGAAAAUGUAAUGUCAACACUAAUACAGGAGCUGUCAAAGAUGGGUGAGGUUACAUUGGUGCGUUAUGUAGAGGAUACAAUGUGGGUAACAUUCCGGGAUGGCGAAUCGGCCCUUAAUGUCGUCGCUAAGGGCGAGACAAACAUUUGUGGUCUGCACUUGAAAUUCGAAUUGAAGUCACCCGAUUGGAUGCGUCACGUGGACAAUGAAAUUGAACUGUGCACAACGAACACCAUACCAUUGUGCGCCAAUCCGCAAGAGCAAGCUUCGCUAUUAAAUGCCACACCUGAGAUUCCACAAAGACCAAAGCAACCACCAACGCGACCCGCCCCAGCUAGGCCGCCAAUACCAAUGUCACCAAAGAAUUCUCCCAGGCAUUUGCCACAUGCCGGCGUUAUAAGUGUAGUGCCCGAAAUGUUACAACCCAAGCCGGCCAAACCCCCGAUGCCACCACAGCCGCAACAACCACCACAAUUGCCACCACCACUAAGACCAGUUCCGGUGAAUGCUGUCGUCGACACUCCAUCCUCUUCGAAAUCGCAAUCGCCCACGGAACAAAACUCUCCACUUCACUCGUCGUCGGGCAAAACAUCGCCGGUUGGUUCAGGGUCGAAUGCAAGUUCAUUGCCACCGACGCCACCACGAAAUACACAGAGUAAGAAUGUGACACCCGUGUCAACACCGUCGCGUCAGUCCAAACAGUCUUCGGUUGAUGUCCAAGAUGCUGCCGGUGCUGCGGCCUACAACGACAGUAACAUCUAUGAGGAAAUUCAAGAUGAUAUACCAGCACCCCGGCAUCCACCACCACCAUUUCCACCCGUUCCCAGUGACAAUACUAACGAUAGUCCACAACGUCGACCACCAGCUUUGCCAGCAAAUGCACCAAUGGGACCUCCACCACCGCUUCCAGUUCGACGUGGACCACCACCAAUACCGAAUCGUGUUGGUGGUGCACCUCCCCUGCCCAAUCGGCCGAACAACAAUUGA